UGGCCACCCUGCAAAUUUACCAAGACUUAAUACGUAUUCUAUGCAACAGAUCAAAGGUACCUACAGUCUGCAGAGCGAGCAGAAUGGCACAGGGUAAGGUCUCCGAAAAGUUUCAAUUUCAUGUCCCGAGUCUGGAAGAGUUGUGCACAGUACUUCAGAGUGGGCUGAAAGAGAAUUUUGCUGAUGUGCAAGUCUCUGUGGUGGACUGCCCUGACCUUACGCAGGAUCCUUUUCGGUUUCCUGUUAAGGGAAUCUGUGGUAAACCUCGAAUAACUGAUGUGGGAGGUGUUCCAUACCUGAUACCAAUGCCAAAGCAAGAUAAGAUCUAUAACAUGAAUGUGGUUGCUAAGGAAAUAGAAUUACCUGGAGCCUUCAUUCUUGGAGCUGGAGCAGUAUCUUCUAGAACCUUAGGGAUGAAUGCUGAGCUGAUGCCUGUGGUCCAGACGGAAGGUGAAGGGAAGCCCACAGUGAAUGGCAGUUACUAUUCUACAAUAAACCCGGCAGAUGGAACGUGUCUACAGGAGAAGUAUAGUGAGAAAUACAGUGACUGUGACUUUGGACUACUGGCUAAUCUUUACGCUUGUGAAGGGAAGCCUGGGAAGGUUAUUGAAGUCCGUGCCAACAGAAGGACAGGACAGAGCAGCCUGGUGACGUCUAUGAGGAAAACACUGGAAAAGCAAUACAGUGAUAAAUCUGUAGGGAUGGGCGGGACCUUCGUGAUUCAGAAGGGGAAAGCCAAAAUCCACAUCAUGAACAGUUAUUUUGCAGGGUUCCAAGCAGGUCUUUUAACUGCUGUUCCUCUCCAGCCUCCCGAGUUCUCUGCUUGUCCCCUGCUCACAGAUGAGGAUGUGAAUAAAUGGCUGAAACAUUUUGAAGUGAGGGCGCCCCUUAUCUGUCAGCCAGUGCUGGUGUCCCGAGACCCGGGCCUGGACCUUCGAGUGGAGCACACUCACUGUUUCAGUCACCACGGAGAGGGGGGCCACUACUAUAUAGACACAACGCCAGACAGCGUGGAGUACCUGGGAUACUUCCUACCUGCUGAGUUUCUAUACCGCAUCGACAGGCCUGAGGACACGCACGUGGUUGGCCGAGAAUGAGCUCAGCACUUCUUGCAAUUGCUGUUAAAAAAAAAAACUAAACAGUUUUUAUAAUUUUAUCCAUCAUUAAAUGCAAGGAUCUGCUUGAAUGUAACCUGCAAUCAGUCACUGGCAGCAGUACCUAAGAUGUAACGUCACCCCUGUGUUAUAGUAAAAUAAAAAGAUCUUAUAAAUAGAUGCACAGCACCAUCUGGUGGAGUGUUUUUGUCAUAAUAAAAAUGCCUUGUCUAGCCUU